UCUCUCUCCCCCAUAGAGCGCAGCAUGAGCGCUCCGCAGCAAAAGGAUGUGCGAGCAGGCAGCGCGUUACUGUAGGGACGGAGUCCACAAACUGCUCAACAAAGAACAAGCCAAACUCCGCGCGCAGGAGAGCCGCGAGCAGCCCAAGCCUUCAGCCGGUCAGGACAGCGAGUCCGCGACGGCAGCGCAGUCCGGAAACAGCGGCGCCCAGCCCGGUGGAAUCGACGGGCUCGUCCGCUGGAUCGUCACCAAAAUGAGCGACAACAAGAACAUCUCCAGCCGGGAGUACGCCUCCAGCAAAGAGGAGGUGGCCGUGGCCCAGGAGCAGUUCUUUGCCCCGGAGCCACGGAGAGGCAUCUCGGUCAUUCUGGAUAUAUUCAGAAGAGCCGACAAAGAUGAUGAUGGAAAACUGUCUCUGGAUGAGUUCCAGGCUUUCUUUUCUGAUGGCACGCUGAACGAGGAGGAGCUGGAGAAGCUGUUUCACACCAUCGACUCUGAUAACACCAGUAAUGUAGACACUAAGGAACUCUGUGACUACUUUGCCAAGCACAUGGGAGACUAUGAAGGAGUUCUGGCCUCAUUGGAAACACUCAACCUUUCCAUUCUCAAAGCCAUGGACUUCACCAAAAAGGUAUACGAGAGGGGAACCAAUGUGGAGCAGUUUGUGACACGUUUUCUUCUCAAGGAGUCGGCCAAUCAGAUCCAGUCCCUCCUGAACUCUGUGGAAAGUGCAGUGGAUGCGAUUGACGAGCAGCACAGCCAGUCGGGCCAUCAACCCGCUAAAGUGAGUCCACGGGUGUCAGAGAAACGCAACCAGAACACCGUCCCUGACUAUCCCCCUAACAACAGAGUGAAUGCCAGAGAGGCUGUCAGGACCAUCAACACUGCUGCAGGAGCCGUGGAGGUGAGGAAAGAAGGUCUGGAGGCUCAGAUCAAUCGCCUGGCAGAAUUGAUCGGACGUCUGGAAAACAAGACGGUCUGGUUUGAUCUUCACCAGAGGCUAACAGAUACUGAUGGCACCGCCAGCGCUUCUCUGCUGCUGAUCCGUCAGGAGAUGGUGGUGUCCCAGAAGAAGCUCGGCGAGUUCUGCGAGGCCCUGAAGCAGUACCUGAAGAACGUCUCUGCUCAGAGAGACUGCUUCCAUGUGACUGCAGUGCGCCUGCCGGAUGGUUUGUCCUUUGUCGUUUACGAAUUCUGGGAUGGAGAGGAGGAGUGGAAGAGACAUCUUCAGUCGGCUCCCAACAAAGCCUUUCAGCACGUAAAGGUGGACACGCUGUGCCAACCGGAGGCCAUGUCCUCUGUAGCCGUGCCGGCCGCCUGGUGCAGCGUGAACAGAGACUGAAGCAUGAAGACUCAACUACACGCCAAGACUCCUGGACACUCCUCAUUCUUCUCAACUCCCCCUCACACCCCCAAAACUCUCCCUCCCCCUUUAUCCUUCACAUCCUUUGACUCUUUUUGUAAGUACAUGUUUACAUAGUGAAAAAAAUGAAUGGUGUUAAAUGCAGUGAAAAACAGAAGAAAAUGGUGCAUUUGCAAAAAAAAAAAGUUUGCUACUUUAGGAUUUCAUGUUUCAAGUAGCUUUGAGUCACCUUGAAGGAGGAGUUUGUCAUGUAGCAGGGGCCCCGAGGACGGAGGUGUUAAUGUAGCAGUCACUAUUUAGGAGGAAGUCACAGCACACUGCAGUCAAUACAGUUUACAGUUGACCACAUUACUCUUACAUCAGUCCCAAGUUUAAAGCAAUUUCCUUUUCCCCUGGUUGAUUAAUAAAGUAUUUAAUGGAUUGGAUUUAUCUGCGCUUUUCAAGACACUCAAAGCGCUUACAUUGUGUCCAUUAUUCAUUCACUCCUCAUUCAUACUUGGUGAUGGUAAGCUACGGUUGUAGCCACAGCUGCCCUGGGGCAGACUGACAGAGGCAGACUGACAGAGGCGUGGCUAAGGACACAACGACAUUUUUUUUUGGCUGGUGGGAGCGGGGAUCUAACCGCCAACCCUUCGGUCAUUGGACGACCCGCUCAACCACCUGAGCCACUGUCGCCCUAUUUACCGGUAAUAGUCAAAGGCACCAUGACGGUGCAUUCUGCCAUAGAAAGGCUAUUGUAAUUGUGAGAAGUUAUGCAAAAGUUUAUGACACUCAACCCAGAAGUUUGUGGGUGUCGUGUGCUGGGACAAGUUAAUGAAGGAGGUGUCAUUUUAAAUUUUCCUUUAAUGAUGGCUUCUUGAUGAAACAAACCUCUGCACAGGUUUGGAUGACUAUCAUAGUUACACCAGGGAGCUGUGAAAAAAUUACAACUAAAGACAAAAAAGGCAAAAACUGGUUUAUUACAUUUUAUGCAUAAAUAGAAAGUUGUCAUCAAUAGAGGCUGUUUUAACCUUGUUUGAGAAAACUCACGAGGAGCCCAUUGUUACAGAGGGGACAUAGGGGGAACCAGAGUUUUACAUCAAAACAACCCGACUUGUAGUUCUUAUCAGAACUCAGACAACUUUUGACCUACGUAAUUUAUAAGUUGAAGAAAAGUGUGAAAAAGAAAAAUCCAUCAGGCAUUACUUAAGGAUUGGACAGUUAUCUUCUAUUUUUAGGACAUUUUCACAGAUUUACAGUUGGAGAAGUGCAGCCUGACCUUGUUUGCUGAGGCAGAGAAGCACUCAGUUGCAGAUGUCUCCAACCCUGUUCCUCAUGAGCUCCUGCCCUGCUAGUUUUGCAGCUAACCUGGUCACCUGGAUCAGGUGUGUUCAGUCAGAAACUGGGCUUACUUACAAUUCCUGGAGCAGGGUUAGCUGCAAAACAAGCAGGACAGCAGCUCACAAGGGCUUUGGUUGGAGAUGCUUGAAUCCAGUUGUUAAGUGUUUCAUUAUGUUGACUUACAAUGCCUGUUGUGGGAGUAAUGUGUGCAAUAGUUAGAUGGCAACACUUAAAAAAAAAUAAAACUGCAAACUUUAUCAAACUUUUGAGGCAUGAGUCAAUUCUCUGAGCAAAGGUGUACUGAGAACAAUCCUCAAUGCUGUUCAUGCAGCUACACUUUAAUCUUCUGUUCAUCUGUUGAUGGUUAGCUUAUGUUGGCCGUGUAAGAUGAGUAAUGGCUGUACAUACAAUGAAAAUGUUGAUUUACUAUUGGUCAUAUUUGUAUUUAUGGACGUGUUUAUGUGAUAUGUUGAGACGUUAUUUCUCAGUGAAAGUAGCUUUAGAGGUGCUGGGGCUUCUCUUGAAAUGAUAUACAUAACAAUAAAAAGCUGAAAAACUCACCUGAACAACAAAUAUAAUGCCUUAAACAUCUACAACGUUUAAAAGAAAAAAGAUGUGAAUGGUUAGGUAGCAUAAAGUUUUAAUUUUGGUAUUAAAAUUGAACAUUUUUAAAGUGAAAAUCCUAAAGUCUCCACAUAUGUGUGUCUUUUGUUUAGCAGCAGAUAUGCCUCAACAUCAAUAAAAUACCGCAUGGUGCUAAAUUUGUGGAAAUGUUUAAACUUCUUUAAGAUUAAUUUGAACAAAAUGUACAGCUAAAUGUAUGUUUGUAAAGUUUAAUUAUGCUUAUUUAAAAUUUCAAAAUGCUUCAAGGUAAGUACAUUAAUGCAAGCCCCAAUUUGUAAACAAUGUAAUUGACUUUCUAUGUGCUGAGAAAGCAUGAGGAAACAUUGGAGAUAAAUGACUCCUUUUUUAAACGGAAAUGAAGUAGCAGAAAAAGAUUUUCAGCCGGUUUGAUGUUUAGAUUUUCCUGAUCCAAGCAAUCAGAGGCUCCAAGGGGAGGAUAGUUGGAAAUGAAGCAGGAUCCCACUGCUCCCCCAUCAAAGCCAGGAUGGGCUGCCAUCCCAUAAAAGUUGACUUGUGCAUAAAAACACACAUAUGUGGAAACAGAGGUUUAGGAAAAAUACUCAACCAUGUUUACUUUGAUUGCAAAGACAUUUAAAUGUUAAUUCUGUUAGUGCCUGACCUUUAAAACUGUCAUAACCUGCAGAGCACCAUUGAAAUUCAUUAGCGUAGCUACUUGUUGACAUUUUCGGGUCCAAAACGAUUAAAAGAGAGACCCCACUUCACCUCACUGAGAUCCAAUUUGAUUACAACAAGAGCACAAUGUAAAAAAGUGAGAAAUGUGACUUUGAAAUUGAUUUGGAGAUUAAUGGGAUGUCCGUUUGAAUCAAUAGUGCUUUACUUUCAGCCCUCGUUACUGCUGGAACUAUUUUACUUUUGACAGCCUGUGUGUGUGUGAGAUUAUGGUGGCAGAAGGUGGAUCCAGCUACAGUGGUUCUGACGUCCAUCCGGCACCAUUGCCAUGGUUAGGAGGACUGGGCUGCACUGGGCUGGGCUGCGACAGGUCAAGGUCCAAACCCGUAUUACAGUAGGUUCAGAAAACUUGAAAAUAACCCAAGUUUGUAUUAAAGACACCAUGUGGAGGUUUUUCAUCUGACCAUCUGUUUGCUCUCUGCAAAAACAAGAAAGUGACAUUAACCCUUGUGCUAUCUUAGAUGACCCCACCCUUACAUUGACGUGUUCUCCCUACCAUGACAAAGGUGGAUAAAGGUGGAAAGAUUUCAUGUAAUCCAUGGACAGCAGUGAAGAUCACUAAUCAUUGAAGAAAAAAGGUUCAGCGCACUGUCUAGUGGGUCUAGAUGACCCAACUCCCAAUGUUAAAGUACCUAGGAUAGCACAAGGGUUAAUUGGGUCCCCCUAAUUCCACUAGACUUGAGCAGAAAACUUUUUCUCUGUUCGUGCCCAUCUCUGUAUUUCCAUUAAGUUCAUGUAUGACAAGAUGUUUACCUCAGGAACACAAAAGUGUUUUGAUAUGUAUCUCUGGUUUACAAAUAUUUAUUUGGUAUUCUAUUAGUUUAAACCCCUUUUCACCUAUGUUUUUGCUUUCAAGAAGAUGCUAAGUUAAGGUAAUUUGGAAGCCAAAGUGGUUUAAUGCAUAUUUGCAUCAAAGGAAGAAGCAGUUUAAUUGCAAAUCCUUUCACAAGGAGCUUCAAGGAAUGCAAGAAAAGCCUCAAACACUUGCAAAAAAAACCCAGAAUUUUUCCCAUUUUUUAAAAUUAAUUUAGCUUCAAAACAUUUUAAAAAGGCCAAAUUAUCCACACAAAAAAUUUGCUUUUAUAAACAUAGCACUGAACGCAUUGCAGCUUCAAGACAGAAAACCUUUUGUUUUAUAUUUAAAAAACAAAAAAAAUGCUUUUUUCCCCAUUAACUUUACAAUCACCUUUAAAUGAAUAAAGCAAAAAACUAAAUAGAGGCUUUAAAUGCUUCCUUACUCCUCACUCAAAAAUCUCCAUAUGGUCUCCUUAAACUUUUUAAAAAUAAAACAUUUCUUGAAGGACCUGUUGUAUUCUCAAUAAACCCAAGCCAUACUGCAUGGAUCUGCUUAUUAGCUCUCUUGUGAAAGCCAUAGCUAGCUGGAGUCCAGCCGAGUGCAGCCCAUCCCUCGUGUAAACAGCGCCCCGAGUGGCCAGCUUGUGUAAAAUGACAUUGUGACUAAACUGUUAGAAAUGCCAAUACUGUUACCUGCUGAUACAUUCCUCAGACUGUGUUCUUUUCUGCCCACCCCCUCACAUGAAGCUGUUAGUGAUGCUGCAUGUUUCCUGGAGCAGCAGCAGGACACAUGGCGGUGCCCCCCCCCUGUUGAGGGGGAAGCUGUUCAAAAGCCAGUCAGGAAUUUGCCAAACUGACUGCCAUUAAUACCCCCCACUCUUCCUGUGGCUGUGUUAUUUUUUAUCCUUUGACUGAGUGCAUGUCAAAUGAAUGUCCAGUAACAACUUUGCUGUAGUUUUAGGCCAUGAUACUCUUUAAUGCGUUUUGUGCAUUUCUUACCUUCUUUCUUUUCUAGUAUUCCUAUGAAAGACAAAAUCUAUUCUAUAAGACAUAUAUAUGAAAAUAUAUGACUAGAAAAAUGAAUGAAGAUUCACUUUUAUGGCGAUGUUUAAUGAAAUAAUUCUUAAUGUAUGUUUCAGUAAAACUGCUUUCUCUUCAAGUGUAGAGACUUAUUGCAGGGAUGCAAGUAUAUUUGGUCUGUAAAGGAUAUCUUGUUGAAAUUUUAGACAAUGUAGAGUGAUGCGACUCAAUAAAACUGUAAAACUUGA